AUGGCGGCCAGUCAGUCUGCACGACAGCAAAAACGAUCCCGGCUCAGUGAUGCGACUUCCGAGAAGCCUGCCAGAGCGAACGACGAGCGUUCCAAGAGGCGCCGAGUGUCCGGAGCUAAUGAGCAGAACCAACCCAUCGAAUCUACCAAGGCAGUGACGGUCUCCAGCAGCCAUGUCCAAACUCAAGAUGCUGAGACCAAGCAAAAAAACCCCGCGCCAUGGUCAUUCUCUCGCCCCAUUGGCGGUCGUUACACCAACUUGGAUCCUAUUCUGACUCAGGAUGAAACAUCUCUCUUGGUUGGACUUGACACGGCAGUUCAAGUAAUCGCAACUUCAACCUCUCGAAUUUCACGUACCUUGCAAUUGGAGACCGGCCAAAAAAUCAUCGGGUUUAGCAUUUGCCCACAAGACCAAGAUAACCUCUAUAUCUUCACUUCCAUAGGCUCCAUCAGCAAGUGGAACUGGAGCACCGGAAAGCGGAUUGCGCGCUGGGAAACCACUUGCACAACCAUUUCGACAAGCUUAGCUUCCAUUGGCAAGGAAGAAACCCGAUCUUCCUUGUGCUUUUCCAUUCUUGCGCCCAAGGGUGGGAAACGACAAAUUUCAGUCGGCGCUCUGGGAGACAAGAAAACCCAAGGUACUACCAUUCUCGAGACCACCCAGAAGCUCAAUUUCGUCAAGGUGACCAGCAAUGGUCGUGUGGUCCUGGCAAGCGAUGGAAAACAUAUGUUUAUGGGCACUACCCACGGCGCGGAACUUGAAAAUCUCGAGACUGUUCAGUACACCUGGCGCGAGGUGGUCCUUCCUACUCAGGCUGCAUGCUUUGACAUCCAGGGCUCAGACUCGAUUGACCUGGCAGUAGGAACAACCAGUGGCUAUAUACUGGUCUAUCAGAAUGUUUUGGAUACCCUCUUUGGCAAGGAUAGCAGCGACAAAAAGUCAUCGCCUAGGAAACUGCACUGGCACAGAGAAGCCUGUAACACUUUGCGUUGGUCUAAAGAUGGAAACUAUAUCAUUUCAGGUGGUAACGAGUCAGUCAUGGUUCUGUGGCAAUUGGACACUGGCCGCAAGUCUUUCCUCCCCCAUCUUUCUUCCCCGAUCUGCAACCUUGUUGUCUCUGCAAGCGGCAGUUCCUAUGUGGUCAAGUUGGCCGACAACUCAGUCAUGGUUUUGUCGACGAGAGAGUUGCAGCCUCUUAGCUCCAUCACAGGGUUGCAGCUUUCCCCAGAUGCCGGGGCUUCUGUGGAUCCCACGAAAGGAUCUGUCGUGGCAAAGUUGCACCCGCAACAACCCGAGCGACUGAUUGUCUCUGUCCCAGCCUCUCACCAAUUUACUCAAGCCCAGCAUGGCUCUCAGCCUGCAAAUGCGGCUGUGCUUCAGACAUAUGACAUUCGCGCCAACUCCAACAUCUCCCGUCAAGCUCUUGCCCGCACCAAUGCGACCACACUGACCAUUAGCCCGGAAGGAACUCAUGUCAUCGCACCUGAUGUCAAGCAUCUGGAUAUUGUUCAUGACGCCAAGUGGUUGGCCACAGUUGAUUCCUGGGCCCCACACCCUCAGGAUGUGGAGGCCCUUGACCGCAAGGCCGCCGCUCUUCAUCCCGAGGUUUUCUUGAAGUUCUGGAAGUGGGAUGCUUCGUCAGAUACAUGGGAACUCGUUACACGUGUUGACGGUCCUCAUUUCGCCGCGAACCACCACUCAGCUGUUCUUGGCCUGGCGUCCCGUCCAGGAGCUCACGAGUUUGCAACCCUUGGUGCAGACUCGACCCUUCGCUUCUGGUGUCCGACUGUGAAACACCGCAGUGGCUUGAAGGCCAAGGAUCAACCAGAGCAACCCAUGAACACAUGGAAGUGCCGUGGCAUCGUUGAUCUCAAGGGUUGUCUCGAUACUACCCAAGAUUCGCCAUUGAAGUCGGCUUGUAUGACUUUCUCCGAGGAUGGCUCGGUACUUGCUGUUUGUCUGCCAUCGACAUCGGCUGCAAAUGAUGGCCUUGUUCUGUUGAUCGAUGCACGAGCUUGCGCCGUGCAUUAUCGACGAACCGGCGUUUUCCUGGGCAAUCCCUGCUCUACAAGUUUCUUAGGAAGCCACUUGAUCGUCGCUUCUACUCACUCUAUUGCUGCCUGGAACACAGUUGAUGAUGUCGUCCGGACUAUCCAGUCAUCUGACUCCGUCGAUUCGCAUGGUACUGGAAACUCGAUGAUUGCCGUGAAUGCUAGAACUAAAUCAUUGGCCAUCACAUCGGCUACGGCGCACAAGAAGAAGAACAAGGCUCGAUUUGAAAUCAAGAUUUACGACGUCCCGUCCUUUGAAGUUGUUUUCCAAGAAUCUCUCAAGAGCGCACCGGUUUCACUGCUCGCUGAUGUUUAUUCUGGCGAUUACAUCGUCAUUGAUACCGCAGCCACUGUCCAGCGACUUGGCUGCCUGGACAAGGCAUCCCAGAAGAGCCAGAACAACCAGUCCCGUGAUGUGACCGGCCAGAUUGACAGUGGUUUAUCGACUCUUUUCUCUCGGGGAGCAGAGAGGCAACAUAUUCAAGCUGACGAUGUGACUGAAUCAUCAUCCCAAACCAAGGGACUGGCUAGUGUUUUCGGUGACACUCCUUCUUUCUCUUUGCCUGCCAUCGGGGUCCUUUUCAGGAACGUGGUUCAAACCCUCAGCAGCAAAUAA